CGGACAUCAGUGGACGUGCAGCCGUUGAAGGAAGUUAGCCAUGAAGAUCACGAUCGCCCUGUUCGUCUUCGCCUUGGCGAUUGGUGUUGCCUUGUCUGGCGGCCAAUACGGUGGUUACGCUGGCGGUCACAAAGUACACGGCGGUAGCCGCAAAGGUUACGGUGGAGGAUACCGCAUGAGCCAUGGUGGGUACCAUGGAAAAUCUCACGGUGGACAUCAUCGUGGCUACGGACACGGACACUCCGGUUACAGAGUCGGGAAGCAGCACGGAGGAUUGGGAUACGGGGCCAAGCACCACGGAUGAGACGGCUACGACAAAUACCCUUAAAUCCGGCAGCUUUCUAUGUGAAUUGGCUGCUACGUGCCUGA